AUGAGCACGACUUCCUCUUCUAUCCUCUCAUUAUCUUCCUUUCCCACCUCACUUUUCUCCUCACAUUCCAUCACCUUCGUUCAUAAACUUCCUCCCCCACUCCAACCAUUUUUCUCAUUAUCAUACCCCAUCCCGCCCUUACCGCCCCAAAAUCUGUCGAAUGAUGAUCCAACUAUACCCUAUACGACAUUAUACUCGAAAGGUUAUAAAGACGCCUGUAUCGUUAUAACCUGUGCAGUGGGAUUCACACUGCUUAGGGCGGUAUUGAUACGUUAUGUCUUUAGUGCUUUCCCUCGGUGGUGGCUUGAUCCGGGGCGUCAUUCAAUCAAAAAGGAAAUGAACAGUGAAAGGGAAGAAAGAUUGACAAGAAGGAGAAGAGAACAUAUCGUUUCGAGGUUUUCAGAACAGGCUUGGUCUUUUUGUUAUUGUGCCAUUGUUUGGUCGACUGGAAUGACCAUCCUUCGCCGUAUUCCCAAUCGCCUCUCCCCCGAACAGCUCUGGGGUACUUACCCUGUCCGCUACCUGCCCGGUCUGACCAAGAUGUAUUAUCUCGGUCAACUGGGUUGGUGGUUCCACCAAAUUUACGUCCUCAACACGGAGCAGAGACGAACGGAUCAUUGGCAAAUGUUCUCACAUCAUAUUCUUACCAUCUGUCUGAUAGUGGGAAGUUAUGCGGCGCAUUUUACCAGGGUAGGAACCCUCAUACAUGUUCUGAUGGACUUUUGUGAUAUCAUCUUCCCUCUUGCGAAAAUCUUCCGCUAUCUCUCCCUGACCCUUUUAUGCGACCUCACCUUUGUCGUCUUCCUCGUUUCAUGGCUCGUCUCACGAGAGAUUGGUCUGUUAUUAGUCAUCAAAACCUCAUUCUUUGACGCUCCCAAUUACAUCGCAUACAAAUGGUCUCCUGAACAAGGUCAUUACUUCAAACCGUCCACCUAUCGCGCGUUCAUCACCAUGGAAUGUAUACUUCUCAUCCUACAAACAGUCUGGUUCUACGCUGCUUGUCUCGUGGCCGUACGUGUGGCCAGAGGUCUUGGAGCAGAAGAUUCUAGGAGUGAUGAUGGUAUUGAAGAUACACCUGAAAGGGAGUUGGAGACGAUUUCUUCAUGUCAUACGUCUAUGCCUGUGGCUGAGGAACAUGAUAAAAAGAAUGAUGGAUUACACAAUGACGGGGAUUUACAAGAUAAUGACAAUACAACGACGAUGAACAACAAAGUUGGAAGUCGAGAGAAUGGAGAUAGUACGGCGGUGAAUGGAGUAGGAGGAAGGAUACGAAAACGUCUAGUCUGA